UGUGUGUGUGUGUGUGUGUGUGUGUGUGUGUGUGUGUGUGUGAGUUGAUUUGAGUUUAACAAUUAUUUUAAUGGGAAGCUCUGAGAAGGAGUCCAUUUUUACAUACACACAGUAAUGACUACUUGGUUGUGUGUGCGCAUGGCUGUGUUCAAUAUAUUCUACAAAGUACUCUCCUGAAUGUGUGUGUAUUUGUGAGAGAGUGCAGUUCUAACUGUGUGUGUUGUUUUCCUGGGGUACACUCUGUCUAGGUGAAUCCUACUUCUUCCACUUGAACCACCCAGAGGAGGCCAGUCGAAUGAAGAGCAUGCUGCCCCAGAAGAGUCCUGUCACCACAAUGGGCUACGGCUCAGACUGUGUGAAGACUGAGCACAGCAAUGGCGGCUCAGUGGGUGGCACCGUGAUGAGAGGCUCCCGUUCGAAGGCGGAGCUGCAGGACUUGAUGGAGACUCUGCAGCGCAGGAAGAGUGCUCUAGAGGCUAGCCUGAGGGCCAGUGCAGAAUCUACCCGCACCUACCUCAGCCUGCCCCCUCCCAGCCCCCUGUCCCCCAUGGCCCACAGGAGCGCUGAGCGCCCCCUCUCCUCCAGAGGCCUCCCCUACAUGACCAGCAGCAGCAUGCCCCCCUCCCCUCGCCAGGGCGAGCGUCCUCUCAGCCCCAACCCGCCAUACACACGCUCACGCCACCAAUCACAGGACAGCCUGCUCCUCUCUAACUCCUCUGAUGGUCGCCGCCCCCCUGUAGCCAGUUCUCUGCUGUCCAUGUGGAAUGGUUCCGCUUCCUAUGGGGAGCCUGCCCCCCGCCCACCUCGGGGCCACAGCGGGGCGGCCAGCAUGCCCUCCAGCCCUCGUCUAGGCCGCAGGCUAUACGCCCAGGGCCGGAACGUGGACAAUGGUAUGGACCCUGCACCACGUCAGAGGAAGUACUCUACAGGGUCACUCAACGGCCUGGGCUCUACCCACAGCCGCUCUCUACCCCGCCUCCACCGGUCGGCUGACUCCCCGGCUCUGUCCCUGCCACCACGCCGCUCCAUGGGCUCCCACAGAGGGGAGAAGAUUUCUGUGUCCUUCUCCUCCAAGUCUAGGCGCAGCCUGUUUUCUCUGGAGCGACCGCCAGACGUGACUGUGCCAGCCACAGCCAGUGUACCGGGUACUCCCCGCCGGGCCAGCCUGGCCUCUCUGGGCUGUGAGCUGGAGGGAGGGGGCCUGCAGGGCUCCUCACCCUGCCUGGACCUGGGCCUGGGCGAGAGGAGGCUGUCCUUUGGGAAGGGGGGACUGGGGCCGGGAUCGAGGAGGGGCAGCAUCAGCUCUCUGAAUGGGAAGGAGGAGCUGAGAGACUACCACAUGCACCAGAGAGACGAGAGGCUCCGAGAACAGGAGGUGCAGAGACUGGAGCGCCAGCGGCUGGAGACAAUCCUGAGCCUGUGUACUGAGCUGGGCCGUGUGGAGCGGGACCAGAGAGGCUUGGCCGUCUCCGACCUGCAGAAGAUCAACAAGGAGCUGGAGAAGUUGCAGGUGUCUGAUGAUGACUCGGUGUUCUCCGACUCCCCUGGCAGCGUCAGUGGCACUGCCCCGGAGAACGGCUUUGGCACCAGAGCCGAGGGAUACCAGUUGGCAGAGGAGCGGCAUGUCCGCGAGCGCCAUCACAGCGGGCACAGGGAUGCCAGGGCCCAGUCACCUGCUCUCAGCCUGCGCAGCAGUGCACCUCCCCUCACCACAGAGCCAAGACACGAGGCAGGAGCGUUAGCCCACCUCGCCAUCACUCACAGCAAUCUGCGGCAGCUCCAUCUCACCGACCAGCAGGCUGCGGAGGAUGUGCAUCUGAAACAGGAAGUGAGCCGUAUUGAGGAGGAGAGGAUCCAGGUGCUGAACAACGUAGAGGAGGUGGAGCAGAAGAUCAAAGACCUGGACAACCAGAUGGAGGAGUCCAUCAGAGAGAUGGAGGUAGAGCGGGCUCUGCUGGAGGGGGAGCAGGUCUCUGAGAUGGCCCUGCUACAGAGGGAGAAGGAGGUACUGGACCAACUCAAUGAGAAGAUUGGCAGCACUGACAAGACUGCCCUCACAGAGAAGUCCCAGGAGAAAGCCCUGCUCGAUGCUGAGAGGGUAAAAUUAGAGAGGCUGGUGGAGCUCGUCUCUGAGCAGAGGACCCAGCUGGACAACUGUCCCGAGGCGCUCAAGGAGCAGCUUCAGCAGCAGCUCUCCAGGGAUGUGGAGGUACUGGAGGCCGAGAGGAAGUGGUUUGAAGACCUGGAGUUCCAGCAGCUGGAGAGAGAGAGUCAUCAGGACGAGGAGAAGGAGGGUCGGAACCAGCAUUUACUCCGAGAGAUAGCAGAUUACCAGCGCAGUACUGUCACACGCAAGGAGAGACUCCUGACCCUGAAGAAGCAGUCUACACAGAUUACCCAGCAGUCUCAGCGAGAGAAGGACAGCUUUCUGAAAGAGAAGAACAACCUGCUCCUCAUGCUUCAGAGGGAGAGGGAGAACCUGGCCUCGCUGGAGAGGAAGUAUGCUGAAGUGACUGGAGGGCAGGCCUUCCCUAACAACCCUGUUGCCAUGAAAGAGCACUUCCGCUCUCUGGAGGAGAGGAGGCGGGGCAGUAAGGAGAACUCCCACCUCAGUGACCAUCUCCGUAAGAGGAGCCAGCAGGCCCUCAGUCACUACAGCAGCUCCACUCUGGGCCGCAGCCUGUCCUCUAAGUCCCACGUGCCCCUGUCCCAGAGCUCCAGCUGUGGUAGUGCCAUCCCCCGGGGCCUCUCUGUCUCUCCCAGAGAUCUGGAAUCUCAACGCCUGCUCAAGGGCCACAGCCACCUGUACGUGAGUGAGGACAGACAGAGACUGGUUGACCUGUGUAGCAGGACCGUCUCAGAGUCCAACGUCUUCCUGGACUCCUUCCACUACGCAGACAACGGCCAUGCCUUCGACACGCUCAGCGUGGACAGCUCUGACAGCAUGGAGACCAGCAUCUCUGCCUGCUCCCCAGACAACAUCUCCAGUGCCAGCACAUCCAACGUAGCAAAGAUUGAAGAGAUGGAACGUUUGUUACGAGAGGCCCAGGCUGAUAAGAAUCGUCUCCUUGAGCACAGGGAGCGUGAGAUGGAGGUGCGCAGGCAGGCCCUGGAGGAGGAGCGGCGGAGGAGGGAGGACCUGGAGAAGAGACUGCAGGAGGAGACCAACAGGAGGCAGAAGAUGAUCGACAGGGAGGUGAAGCUACGUGAGAAACAGAGGGCACAGGCCCGGCCAAUGACACGCUACCUCCCUCAGAGGAAGGAUGACUUUGACCUCCAUGGUCACAUCGAGGCAGCUGGACACAACCCAGACAACUGCUACCACCUGGCCAUCACUGAUAAAACCUGCAGAGGGUUCCUGGUCAAGAUGGGUGGCAAGAUCAAGACCUGGAAGAAACGCUGGUUUGUCUUCGACCGGAACCGCAGGACCCUGGCCUACUAUGCAGACAAACACGAGGCCAAGAUGAAAGGAGUCAUCUACUUCCAAGCCAUAGAAGAGGUUUACUAUGAUCAUUUAAAGAAUGCACACAAGAGCCCGAACCCAUCGCUGACGUUCAGCGUGAAGACCCACGACAGAGUUUACUACAUGGUGUCUCCCUCCCCUGAGGCCAUGCGCAUCUGGAUGGACGUCAUUGUCACCGGGGCUGAAGGAUACAUGCAUUUCAUGGUCUGAACAAACCCAACCCCCC